AUGAAAACUUUACUAUUCUCCACCACCAUCAUCCCACUUGCAUGCGGUGGAGCCACCACUUUUCGACGUCCACAAUCCAUCUCCGCCAUCUCAAAACAACCGGUGUCAACACUGCAUCAACGUAGAAUUACCCAUCCAAUGCCACCAGAAAAACUAGAAGUGUUCAAGUCACUGGAAUCAUGGGCCUCCGAUUAUGUACUGCCACUCCUCAAGCCCGUGAACAAAUGCUGGCAGCCGAGUGACUUUCUCCCUGAUCCCACCCAGCCUACUGACGACUUCAUGGAUGAAGUUCGGAUGUUGCGCGAGCGUACGAUGGGGCUUCCGGAUGAAUAUUUUGUAGUAUUGGUGGGGGAUAUGAUUACUGAAGAAGCACUACCUACAUAUCAAUCUACAAUAAAUGCAUGUGAUGGGAUUCGAGAUGAGAGUGGAGCAAGCCGGAGCCCAUGGGCUACUUGGCUGCGAUCUUGGACUGCAGAGGAAAAUAGGCAUGGAGAUUUGCUUAGGACGUAUCUUUAUCUUUCGGGCCGGGUUGAUAUGUCGAUGAUUGAGAAGACAAUACAUCAAUUGAUUGGAGCUGGAAUGGAUGUCGGGUGGGACAACAAUCCUUAUCUAACGUUCGUCUACACAUCAUUCCAAGAGCGAGCCACCUUUAUUGCUCAUGGUAAUACAGCUCGACUAGCGAAGGAGGGAGGGGAUCCGGUUCUUGCAAGGAUAUGUGGGACGAUUGCGGCCGACGAGAAGCGCCAUGAGCAUGCAUAUGUGAGAAUCAUCAAGAAGCUACUCGAGAUCGAUCCAAAUGAAACCAUGCUAGCCAUAAGUAAAAUGAUGAGAAAGAGAGUCAUAAUGCCAAGUCACCUAAUGUGCGAUGGUCGGGACCCUCAUCUUUUCCAACAUUUCUCAUCCGUGACCGAACGGAUUGGGGUUUACACGGCUAUUGAUUAUAUCGAAAUCUUGGAGUUCUUGAUCGAAGAGUGGAAUUUGGAGAAGCUCGAGGGGCUAAAAGGCGACGGGAGGCAUGCGCAAGAACAUGUCUGCGAUAUACCGACUAGGAUGAGGAAAGUGCUGGAGCAAGCGGUUGAACGAGUUGGGAAAAUGGAGGCUAAAGGCCAAAACUUCAGUUGGAUCUUUAACAGAGAAGUUACUAUGUAGGGUUAAAUAUAACAAUUCUCUGUGUGAAAAUAUAAAGUUAAAAGGGUUUUCUUAAAUAAAGAAAAGACAAUGUGCGCGACCCCCUGUUGCAUAAGGUAGUGAUUUUUAGUCUUUUUAACUAAUAUUAUGAUUUAAUGUUAGACUUCUGUGUAACAUAUGUUUAUAUAAGAUUAUCAAAAAUAAAAACAAGCU